UCUCGCGAGAAUUGCACCAGGCAACGGCGCAGCAAGAUGGCGGCGCCGGAGACGGAGGUGGUAACAGCCGCAGGGCCGGGAGCCGGCCUUGGACAGCAAGUGACCAGCAAUGGCACCGCGGGGGGCGGCGAAGGGGUCGUGGAGACUCAGCAGCCGAACCAGCCCCAGCAACAAGCCCCGAAUGCCUGGCAGAUCAUCAAAGGCGUCUUAUUCAGAAUCUUUAUUAUCUGGGCCAUCAGUAGCUGGUUUCGUCGUGGGCCAACGACACAGGAUCCAUCCACCCCCGGCGGGGCACCCAGGGCGCCAAGCCGCAAUCUCUUCCCUAAAGACACUUUAAUGGACCUUCACGUCUUCAUAUCCGAACACGAGCACUUUACCGACUUCAACACAACGUCGGCGUUGUUUUGGGAACAGCGAGAUCUAGUCUACGGGGACUGGGCAAGUGGAGAGAAUUCGGAUGGCUGCUACGAGCAUUACGCCGAGUUGGAAAUCCCUGAGAGCGUCCAACACAACGGUUCCAUUUACAUCCAUGUGUACUUCACGAAAAGCGGGUUCCACCCAGAUCCCAAACAGAAGAACCUCUACCGGCGCCUGGCCACGGUUCACACAUCUCGAAUGAUCAAUAAGUACAAACGGAGACGCUUUCAGAAAACCAAGAACUUACUAACCGGCGAAACGGAAGCGGAUCCUGAAAUGAUCAAAAGAGCUGAAGAUUUUGGCCCCGUGGAGGUGAUCUCACACUGGCACCCCAACCUCACCAUCAAUAUCGUGGACGACCACACCCCGUGGGUGAAGGGCAGCGUUCCUCCCCCUCUGGAUCAGUAUGUGAAAUUCGACGCCGUGAGCGGCGAUUACUACCCCAUCCUUUACUUCAACGAUUACUGGAAUUUGCAAAAGGACUACUACCCCAUUAAUGAGACCGUGGAACGGUUGCCCUUCCGCCUUUCGUAUUGCCCGCUUUCGCUCUGGCGGUGGCAGCUCUAUGCCGCCCAGAAUAGUAAAUCUCCUUGGAAUUUCCUCGGGGAGGAUUUGUACGGACAAUCCGACGAGGAGCAGGAUUCGGUCAAGGUCGCUUUGUUAGAAACGAACCCUUACUUGCUGGCUCUGACGAUUGCGGUUUCCAUCGUGCAUAGCGUUUUUGAGUUCCUUGCUUUCAAGAAUGAUAUUCAGUUCUGGAACAGCAGGCAGUCCCUGGAGGGCCUCUCCGUUCGGUCGGUCUUCUUUGGGGUGUUCCAGUCCCUCGUGGUCCUUCUUUACAUCCUGGAUAACGAAACAAACUUUGUGGUGCAAGUCAGCGUCUUCUUCGGUCUGCUCAUCGAUCUCUGGAAGAUCACAAAAGUGAUGGAUGUCCGGCUGGACCGCGAGAACAAAAUUGCCGGGAUUUUCCCACGCUUGACGUUCAAAGACAAAUCGACGUACAUCGAAUCGUCAACCAAAAUCUACGAUGAUAUGGCCUUUCGGUACCUUUCCUGGAUCCUUUUCCCCCUGCUGGGUUGUUACGCUGUAUAUAGCCUGCUCUACAUGGAACACAAGGGCUGGUAUUCCUGGAUCCUGAGCAUGCUCUAUGGUUUCCUGCUGACCUUUGGCUUCAUCACCAUGACGCCUCAGCUCUUCAUCAACUACAAGCUGAAGUCGGUGGCUCACCUGCCUUGGAGGAUGCUCACCUACAAAGCCCUCAACACCUUCAUCGACGACCUCUUCGCCUUCGUCAUCAAAAUGCCGAUGAUGUACAGGAUAGGCUGCCUACGCGACGGUAAUGGCUUCUCUCUCGGUCUGGCCCUCCCCUUCCCUCCCCCUGCCCUGCGUAACCGCAGCUCUCUGGUUAACCUCCCUCUCCCAAGGUGGUUUUCUUUACACCCAUCCAAGCAGGCUGGACUUCAACACCCAUAAUCC